UCCUGAAUUGGUACCUGUAUCAAAUGCACCUAAUUGAUGGAACAGCUAUUUCAGAAUGCCCCCUCUGCUAAAAAUUAAAUAAAAUAAUUCCAUUGCACCCCAUAGAAUAGACAGGGGGUGGAAAAUUACUGUUUUUGCAAAAGUAAACUACAAAAUUACUAUACUUACAAAAAUCUUCUGGAAAAACAUUUCAUGUUACUAAGUUACCAGAGGAGUAACCCAUUUUUGACCUAUUGCAAUUGUGUGAAGAGAAUAAUUGCUAUUUUAGAAGAGGACUUAUAUAUGUUAGAUUGUUUUUUCUAACAAAUUGUUAUUUCAUAAAAAUCAUGAUGUGAUCAUUAAAGAGGAAAAAACCAAUAACUGAAGUCAGUGUAUGUCAAGAUGACCUCUGAAGAAAUGGUAGCUUCUGUUCCUGUGACACAGAAAAAAGUGAUAGCUGCUAGCUCAGCUACAGAUGAAAGUAGUGAAAAUGUCUCAGAUAUCAGUGUUAUAAAAAGACAUACUAAUAAGCCAAACAAAGAAAUCCCUCAUACUCUCUCAUGUUUAAACAGAUUUAAAGAAAAAUCUAUUGAAAAUUCAUUGCCCAAUAUUUUUUCAGUCUCAAGUAAAGAAGCAAUCAGUGAUAAGAAUAUCCAUGAAAACCUUAGGGACAGAAGCAUGCCAGAGUCAAUGGAAUAUAUUAAUAUUAACUGUAGCAACAUGCCUAAUAACUGCCAGAGUUCACAUAGCCAGUUCUGUGAGUCAUGUGACUCUAAAUCAGAAGAAAACCUGUGUUUGGAUACUGAAAUUUCAUCUUCACUGGAAAGAAACAUAUUUCCUGGAAUUAAACUAGAAGUUGAUGACUCUUCAGGGGAAACAAAUCCUAUAAGAAGUCAAUCAGCAAUUAUUCAGCCUAACAAAGAUCAUAUUGAUAAUAUGGCUAUAUUUCAUUUUCAUUAUGCAGUUCAGAGAAAUGCAUCAAAGACUUUUUGUACCAUAUCUGAUGGCUUAAUUUUAGAUAAUUGUGGCAACUGUGUACAACUACCAAAUGUUGGAGAUGAUCAAAAAGACAUUUACUCAGCAUAUACUUGCAACUUAAUGGAAUUGACAAAUGAUUAUGACCAUAAGAAUGGACUGAAGAGAUGUGAUAACUAUGAUACUUUAAGUGAUAAAUAUUUAUGCUUAGAAAGAUCUUGCCAGGAGGUUAAAAUGGCAUGUUCAAAUAAAAGUUUCUGUGGUGAUGAUUUUCCUGGAAGAAUGCCUACCAAGCCCUUUUUGAGUCAUUUAGAAGAUUGUACUGAUAAUUUUGAAGAAGAUAUGGAAGAGGAUUUUUUUAAAAACAAAAAGGAGCGAUCCACUUUGUUAAUUAGAAGAUUUUGCAAAAAUGAUAAGGAAGUUAAAAAAUCUGUUUAUACAGGAACCAGAGCAAUUAUGAGAGCCCUACCUUCUGGGCAUAUAGGACUUGGAGCUUGGAGUUAUAUUGAGCAGAAAAGAAGUUAUGAUAUUAAGGAUUUUAGCAGUUCAGCAGAGCAAACAGCAACAGUACAGAUUAAGCAAGAUGUGAAUCUCUGUCUUGGAAAAUCCCAUUGGUUUCUGAUCAACAACACUGUGAGAAAAGGAGAAAAAACAGAACGCACUUUUGGAUCAAUUUUCCAUUUCUUUGGGAAGACUCUAGCCUUAGAUAUAAUCCAUGGACAUAUUAAUAUUAGCCCACGCUUGAAGCAAUGUGUUCGAGAUACUUCAUGUGAAUACCGAGCCACCUUUCAAAGGACUUCAAUUUCUCAGUAUAUCACUGGUUCUCUAUUGGAAGCAACUGCGUCUUUGGGUGCAAGAAGUGGCCUUUUAAGUACUUUUGGAGGAUCAGUAGGAAGAACAAUGUUGAAAGAACGUCAACCAUGUACUUCCAUGGCCAGUUCAAUCAACUUACCUUCAAAUGUAUCUGGUCUAAGUAACGAGCUUAUAGAACUUCAACACCUCAUUCAGUUCCCUGAAGAAGUGGCUUGUAUUCUGACUGAACAGGAACAGAAUAUCUACCGACAAGUGCUACCUGUCGACUACCUUUGCUUCUUAACCAGGGACUUGGGAAAUGCUGAAUGCCAGAGUAAACUUCCAUGCCUCAGAGCUACAGUAUCUGCAUCUAUUCUUACCCCCCAGAACAGUGAGCACAAUGCUCUGGAAAACCUUGUAACGAGAUUUAAUGAGGUGAGUUCUUGGGUGACGUGGCUGAUACUCACAGCAGGUACCAUGGAAGAAAAACGGGAAGUCUUCUCAUAUUUAGUACACAUUGCAAAAUGCUGCUGGAAUAUGGGCAACUACAAUGCUGUUAUGGAAUUCUUGGCUGGCCUCAGAUCAAGGAAAGUUUUAAAGAUGUGGCAGUUUAUGGACCAGUCUGACAUUGAAACCAUGAGAAGCCUGAAGGAUGCAAUGGCCCAACAUGAAUCUUCCUCUGAAUAUAAGAAAGUGGUAAACCGGGCUCUGAAUAUCCCUGGCUGUAAAGUGGUUCCUUUCUGUGGUGUCUUUUUAAAAGAGCUCUGUGAAAUUCUAGAUGGAACAUCUGGAUUUAUGAAACUUUGCCCACGAUAUAAUUCACAAGAUGAAACUUUAGAGUUUGUAGCUGAUUACAAUGGACAAGAUAAUUUUUUACAACGAGUAGGACAAGAUGGCUUAAACAACCCAGAGAAGGAAUCCACUGUCAACAGUAUUUUUCAAAUUAUCCGAAGCUGCAAUCGUAGUCUGGAACCUGAAGAAGAAGACAGCUUAAGUGAAGGCAAUGAUUCAAGGAAAAAUUCCUUGAAAGAUAAAACCCGAUUACAGUUUAUAAUUGGAGAACUAUCUGAUUCAGAAAGUGAUAUUUUUGAGCAAGCCAAAGAAUGGGAUUUCCAUGGAACAGAAGAAGAGCAGAAAGCAUUCAACCAUGGCACAGAACUCAUUCCCUGGUAUGUCUUGUCAAUUAGAGCUGAUGUCCAUCAGUUCAUACUCCAAGGAGCCACUGUUAUUCACUAUGACCAGGAUGCACAUCUGUCAGCACGCUGCUUUCUUCGGCUUCAACCUGAUAAUAGUACUUUGACCUGGAUCAGACCUACAACUGCCUCACUCGCCAAUACUAAAGCCAAAUUAGGCAUCACAGGAAAUUUAGCUGAGCCUGGCAAACUUCAAUCACUUGGCAAUACUGGAUUAAAUGGAUUGAUGGAAGGUUUUCUGGAUUUGUUUUCAGUCAAGGCUGUGUACAUGGGACAUCCUGGCAUUGAUAUGCACACUGUAUGUGUUCAGAACAAACUCAGUAACAUGUCCCUCUUAGAGAAUAGUGUGACACUGCUUUAUGGACUUCAAACUACUGAGAAUAGAUUAUUACACUUUGUGGCACCAAAACAUACUGCUAAAAUGUUGUAUAAUGGAUUAUUAGAAUUAACAAAAGCUGUAAGAAAAAUGAAGAAAUUUCCUGACCAGCGACAGCAGUGGCUAAGGAAGCAAUAUGUCAGCCUCUAUCAGGAGGAUGGAAGAUUUGAAGGUCCAACUUUGGCUCAUGCUAUUGAACUGUUUGGUGGCAGACGUUGGACUACACGAAAUACAAGUCCAGCAACACUUUCUAAAAGUGUGGAGAAACCCAGUGUGCAAAGGAACAAUACCCUUGGGAUAAGUGCAAAUAAGAAAAAGAAAAAAAUCCUUAUGAGGGGUGAAAGUGGAGAGGCUACUGAUGAUGAGAUGGCCACACGAAAGGCAAAAAUGCAUAAGGAGUGCCGUGGCCGCAGUGGCUCAGAUCCUCAAGACCUUAAUGAGCAAGAAGAAUCAGAUCAGAAUGUUAUUAUUAGUCCUUGUAAUAAUCUGCCAUCCAGGAGAGCCAAUUCUUUGACUACAGCUGGAUCUCCUAACUUGGCUGCUGGAGCAACCUCACCAGUCAGACCACUUUCCUCUCCUGUAUUAUCACCUUCAAAUAAGAAUCAACCUAAUACAUGGAGCAGCAGUAGUUGGCAUGGCCGAGUUAAAGGUGGACUGAAGGGAUUUCAAAAUUUCAUGGUUUCAGAUAGUAACAUGAGUUUUGUUGAAUUUGUAGAGCUAUUCAAGUCAUUCAGUGUACGAAGUCGAAAGGACCUCAAGGAUCUCUUUGACAUCUAUGCUGUACCCUGCAGUCGAUCAGGCUCUGAGUCUGUCCCACUCUAUACAAACCUGAGAAUUGAUGAAAAUACCAGUGGCCUUCAGCCUGAUUUAGAUUUGUUAACCAGGAACGUGUCUGACUUGGGCUUGUUCAUUAAGAAUAGGCAACAGUUAUCAGACAACCAGAGGCAGAUAUCUGAUGCCAUCGCAGCUGCUAGUAUUGUGACUAAUGGUUCUGGAAUAGAAAGCACCACGCUUGGUGUCUGUGGGGUUGGCAUAUUAGAGCUGAAUGACUUUUUAGUGAAUUGCCAAGGGGAACACUACACUUAUGAUGAGAUCCUCAGCAUUAUCCAGAAAUUCGAGCCUAGUGUGAGUAUGUAUCAGCAAGGUCUAAUGUCAUUUGAAGGAUUUUCCAGGUUUCUGAUGGAUAAAGAUAAUUUUGCUUCCCAAAAUGAUGAAUCACAGGAGAAUGUUAAAGAAUUGCAGUUGCCACUAUCUUAUUAUUACAUUGAAUCUUCACACAACACAUACCUCACAGGACAUCAGCUUAAAGGAGAGUCCUCAGUGGAGCUAUAUAGCCAGGUCCUCCUGCAAGGCUGUCGGAGUGUGGAAUUAGACUGUUGGGAUGGUGAUGAUGGAAUGCCAAUUAUCUAUCAUGGACAUACACUUACUACCAAGAUUCCCUUCAAGGAAGUAGUUGAAGCCAUUGAUCGCAGUGCCUUCAUCAACUCUGACUUGCCUAUCAUAAUAUCUAUAGAAAAUCACUGUUCAUUGCCUCAGCAACGAAAAAUGGCAGAAAUUUUCAAGAAUGUAUUUGGAGAAAAACUAGUUGCCAAAUUUUUGUUUGAGAGUGAUUUCUCUGAUGAUCCAAUGCUUCCUUCACCUGACCAACUUAGGAGAAAAGUACUUCUUAAAAACAAAAAACUGAAGGCACAUCAGACUCCAGUGGACAUAUUAAAGCAAAAGGCUCAUCAACUGGCAUCCAUGCAAACACAAAGCAAUAAUGGUGGUAAUGCCAAUCCUACGUCUGCCAACAAUGAAGAAGAGGAGGAGGAGGAGGAUGAAUAUGAUUAUGACUAUGAAUCUCUUUCUGAUGACAACAUCCUGGAAGACCGGCCUGAAAGUAAGUCAGCUAGUGACAAACUACAGUUUGAGUACAAUGAAGAAAUUCCCAAGAGAAUCAAGAAGGCUGACAGCUCUGUUUGCAACAAGGGAAAGGUUUAUGACAUGGAACUGGGUGAAGAAUUUUAUCUUCCACAGAAUAAAAAAGAGAGUAGACAAAUAGCUCCAGAACUUUCUGACCUUGUCAUCUACUGCCAAGCUGUAAAAUUUCCAGGAUUGUCAACUUUAAACCCAUCUGGCUCUAACAGAGGAAAAGAAAGGAAAAGCAGGAAGUCCAUUUUUGGCAACAAUCCGGGCAGAUUAAGCCCUGGGGAGACAGCAGCAUAUACCAAAACAUCUGGAAAAAGUCCCUUGGACGGCAUGCGGCAGACCUGGGAAGAAGUCUGUUCUCUCGGCACAGCUCCAUCCCUCAGUGCCAUCAUCAGGACCCCCAAGUGCUACCACAUCUCCUCCCUGAACGAGAACGCCGCCAAGCGGCUGUGCCGACGGUACUCUCGGAAGCUGAUUCAGCACACCGCCUGCCAGCUGCUGAGAACCUACCCUGCCGCCACUCGCAUUGACUCCUCCAACCCCAAUCCCCUCCUGUUCUGGCUGCACGGGAUACAGCUGGUGGCACUCAACUACCAAACAGACGAUCUCUCCUUACACUUAAAUGCAGCAAUGUUUGAAGCUAAUGGUGGCUGUGGCUAUGUUUUGAAACCCCCUGUCUUAUGGGACAAGAAUUGUGCUAUGUACCAGCAGUUUUCUCCACUGGAAAGAGAUAUGGAAAACAUGGAACCUGCUCUCUAUUCUUUAACUAUUGUCUCUGGUCAGAAUGUGUGUCCUAGUAACAGCACAGGAAGUCCAUGUAUUGAAAUCGAUGUCCUGGGAAUGCCUCUGGAUAGCUGCCAUUUCCGCACUAAACCCAUUCAUCGAAAUACUCUUAAUCCCAUGUGGAACGAACAGUUUCUCUUCCGAGUUCAUUUUGAAGAUCUUGUAUUUCUUCGUUUUGCAGUUGUUGAAAACAACAGUUCAGCUGUAACUGCCCAAAGAAUUAUUCCACUGAAGGCUUUAAAAAGAGGAUAUCGGCAUCUUCAGCUGAGAAAUCUCCAUAAUGAAGUCUUAGAAAUCUCUAGCUUGUUCAUAAACAGCAGGAGGAUGGAAGAGCAUUCCAGUGGCAGUGCUGUGGCAGCAUCUUUGAUGUUCAGCACAGAAGAACGAAAAGGUCUGAUGACAUACAAAGUCACAGUACAUGGGAUUCCAGGUCCUGAGCCUUUUGCCAUUUUCAUUAUAAAUAAAGAAAUUAAAGCAAAGCAGCUUCUUCACCAAAUUUUGACUGCUUCACAAAACUCCAUACCAGUCAUCCCGGACUGUUUUUUAAUGGAAGAAAAAUAUUUUAUAUCUAAAGAAAAAAAUGACUUCAGGAAACAACCAUUCCAGAGAAUAAUCGGUCCAGAAGAAGAGAUUGUGCAGAUUUUAAACAGCUGGUUCCCAGAAGAAGGUUAUGUUGGAAGGAUUAUUUUUAAAAUCCAGGAGGAACGCCCAGAAGAGAAGAACAUCUUCCAAGAAGAGAAGGAGGUGAUGCUGAGCUCAGAAGAUGAAAGCUUCUUUGUACAAGUCCAUGACGUUUCCCCUGAACAGCCCCGAACAGUCAUCAAAGCUCCCCGAGUCAGCACUGCCCAGGAGGUGAUCCAGCAGACUCUAUGCAAAGCAAAAUAUUCUUAUAGCAUUUUGAGCAAUCCCAACCCGAGUGACUACGUGCUCCUAGAGGAGGUACUAAAGGAACCUGCUAGCAAGAAGUCUUCAACACCCAAGUCUUCUCAGAGGGUUCUCGGGGACCAGGAGUGCGUGUUCCAGGCUCAAAGCAAGUGGAAGGGAGCCGGGAAAUUUAUCCUUAAGCUAAAAGAGCAGGUUCAGGCAGCUCGAGAUGAUAAAAAAAAAGGCAUUUCCUUUGCUAAUGAACUUAAGAAAUUUACCAAGUCUAGCAAGCAGUAUCGAGGAUUCACUUCACCUUCUCAGCUUUCAAUAGCAGAAAGUGUUCAGAUGAAGGAAGAAAAAUCUGUGGGCAGCUUCUCUUCUGAGACGACAGAUCAUCACCCAUGAUCACCUUCAGUGUGAUCCAUGCAGGUGCAGUGCCCUUCCUACAUGGAAAAACAAAAUCAAGAAGCAGACUGUGCAUGGACAGUUUCUGAAUGGAGAUCUUCUUCUAGAGACAGCGUUAGGUUCUUGCUGCCCGGCCCACCUCUAUCUUCCCGAGGACACCGUGUGCAGGUCAGCAGGACGUCUGCACCUGUGCCCUGGGUUACGAAUCGUUGGAGAAAAGGCUCGGCUCCUUCCACUUUCCUUACGCAGAGAAGUGAAUUUAGAGAAUGCCGAUGGCUAUCACUGUACAUCGUGGACUCUCUGACAUUGCUGGACAUUGCAAAUGUGCACCCAGCUUUUAGAAAGAGAUUCCUGUAGCGAACAGCCUUUGCAGAAGGCUGGAAUCGGAGGUCCAAGGCCGCCGCAGAGAGCCUGGCUGCCCUGCAUGGCGGAUGUCUUGGUCUCGGUCAAGGUUUCCUUUCUGUGUUGGAGGGAGUGACAAAUACGUUCGGGUACAUUUCGCUGAAUGUAUCACCGCUCCAUUCCCUCUCUUUCUAGUUUAUUCUCACAAAAUCUCUGAUAGUGUAUAACACUAAUUUAAUGUACCUACUGACCUCCUGACAAAAGGAACGUAAAUUUUUAGCAAAACUAGUUUUUCAAGUCUGUGUUUAAAGUAAAAUUAUUUAUUUUCUUGACCCAAGGUAUGUACUGACACUGUAGUGAUAUAUUUAUUAUUCGUGGGUUUUUGUAUCUCUCAUAUUAGAAGAGUAUUAUUUAGGGAUUGUUAAAAAGUUUCCUAAUAAGAAAAACUAUAUUCUGAACAUUUGAAAUUGGCUAAAACAUAAGGCAGAGAUGUUUUGGUGCCACUUAGGACAAUAUAACAAACAUUUUUCUGUCACAUGCUCUAAAGUUAAAUAUAAAUUUUGACAAUUUUAACAUAGAACAUCAGCAAAACAUGACUUUUUUUUUUAACUCAGGAAGAGAAAAUCAAGAGUACAGCUUGACCGUUGUGCAAGCUGUCAAAUAGAAAUUUGUAUAAUUUUGCUUUUUCUACUAAUUCCAUUCUGAUUUAAAAGUGUCCCCAUAGGGAAAAAAAGGGGGGGAUAAAGGAGGAUGAUGUCAUUAAAAUGACGCUUAAGAAUCUAAUCUCAUCCAAGUGCUCUGCAGACUUCAGUGUAGUAUCCAUGUGCUUAAUUCUCUGCAGUAAUCCUUCCAAGAGACCAGGACAGUGCACUGAGAGUGCCUGGGUCCUCCCCACAUUCACCUAAAGAGCAAAUGUUAGCAAAACGUCUCAGUCACAGCUGAAUUUCCCCUUGUGGGUCAUCCACCCUGACUCCAUAAACUAUGAGGGCUGAAGCAGCCAAACUGUUUCCGUGCCUGUGAAGAUAACAGCAGUUCUUACUUACAUAAUGCUCUUCUCAUAAUCCUGUCAGGAAGUGACAGGUCUGUUAUCCUCAUUUGUAGGCAGUGGAAACCAUGAGUCAGAUAGAGAGAGGGGACUGGGGGGCAGGAGUCCGCAGUCACACCAAGACCAGCCCUUCAGCUGAGCUGUACCCCCCCCAAAAAAAAAAGGAAAAUUAGUUUUUCCAAGUUUCUCUUUUAGAAGUAAAAUUAUUUAUGGAUCCAAGGUACAUGGUGACAUUGUAGUAAUGUUUAUUACGUAUGGCUUGAUUCUGGGGGACAAAACUAACUAUAUCAGUUCAUUAGUAAUAGUCACAUCAGAUGUUCAUAACAAAAAAAAAGGGACACUACUUAUUUCUUAAAAUAUAUCCCUCAUCAGAGAAUUCAUCAAAUUCCAUUAAAUAGUAACUAAAGCUAUUAGUUCAUUUCCACUUAUUAAUGUUUAUAGGGGACUAUCUGUUGAAUGUGUAGUGUUUACCUCAUAGCCCUAUAGUUUCCUAAGUUUUGUGAAGUGGUGGUUUGGGGUUUUUGUCUUGGGGUGGGGUGUGAGGGUCACUAAAGAAAUGUGCACAUCUAACUUUAUCUAGAUUCUCAAAUUGAUUAAAUAUAAAAGUAAAGGUAUGCUAAGUAUCUGAAAAGUAAAAUCAACUACUAUAUCCCUUUUCCAUUGGAUGAUGUUGUACCUAUUCUGUGUCCCAGUCAAAAAAAAAGCCUCUGAUGUUUCAAGUUACAUAAAAAUGUCACACUGUAAAUCAGCAUGUUUUUUUCUUCCUGUGGAUGAUGCCAGAACUUGAGAGUGGAUCUGUUUUUCAUCCUAGUAGGAAUCUGGGUCACAAGCCUAUGUGAGGUGUGAGCAAAUGAGAAAAAAUUGAACACAAAGCCAAGUGCAUCAAAGACUCUUAUGUUUUUUUGGUGAUUUUCCUGUGUGCAAAACAAUGACGGCCAACUCUAAGGCAUUGGUUCCAAGGAUCGUGUAAAUAAGUCCAUGAGGAAAAUGUGUCGGAGGCCUCUGAGGGUAGUUCUGCUUGUCGAUGACAAAUGCACAGGAAGCACAAGAGCUUUUUUAUGGAAUCCGAGCCUCUCUGGAGGCUUCACAUUAAAUCCCAGGCCACAAGUAGCUCAUCUGGAGUUCCAAGGACACCAUCUGACUUCGCCUAUUUUUCCUAUUCAUGUUUAAGCCAGCAGUGGUGCUCAGGGUAGAUUGUCACUUGAAAGUUUUCUCAAAAUGAUUUUAUCAUAACAACUUUUUUAAAAAGCUAAAUAUUUGACAAACUUCUUAAACUUCUUGUGCUAAUUUAAGCAAAAGGAAAUCGUCAACAGACAUUUGCCUAGGACUUCUCCUUUAUCUGCCUUUUGAAGCUUGUGGUCCACUAGUACCACUCCCUUCCCCUUUCAAUUUUUUAUCUUCAACAACAAUGAAAUGACCCUUGGUGAGUUAACACCCUGUGCCUGACAUCCCAUCCCCAAAAAAGGCAAUAAAAAGAGGCAACUUAUUUCUUACAAAAAUCCAAAGUUUAAUGUAUUCACCAAGCUGGUCCAUCACUGGUCAUCGCUGGUCCAGAACAUUAACAUCACAAAUGACAAGCACCAUAGGAUGAAGGAACUUCCCCUUUCCUUGAAAUUAUUCAUCAAAAAGGAAUAUGUCAGUAGUGUUCAAUCUCCACAUUUCUCUUUUUUGGGGGGUAUUACUAAUAGUUUGGGCAUACCUUUAUUUCAAGAGAACCCUUACCUGGUGGCACAAUACUUUAAACAAAGCUAAAUUAGUUCAAAUGCAAUGUCAGGUCGGCUUUUAAUUUUAAUUUCCAUGUUGGAAAACAGUAGGAUUUGAUAUUAGUCCUUCACUCUAGCCCAGAAUCUCCAUGAGCUGUUGACUGGCCAUCCAGAUCCCAUCCAAAUCCUAUGCUCUCACUACUUCUCUGUUCUCCCAACUACUUAAGGUUACAGUAAUUACUCACUCUGAAGUCAAUUCAGCUUCAUAAACAUUAAGUAGCUCUGUGUGUUUGUCUAAAUAAGGUAAAGUAGAACAGUUUCUGGCCUCAAAGGGCUUACAUCUACUAGAAGAUAAAUGUAUCUAUCACUAGAUCUUGUUUGUACUUCUCAUUUGCACUUACAGCAGUGCUUUACAUCAUUAUCUGGUUCAUAUCAAUGUAUUUUCAUCCCAACAAUAUUUUAAGCUUAAGGGGCCAGAUCUUAAAAGUGUCUCUCUGCCCUUGUACUGGUCACUGAGCUGUGCCCAUAACAGGUACUCGAUCCUCAUCAAAAAGAUCAAGAUGGUUUCCUCUUUACACAUCCAUAUAUUAAUAUUUAUCAUCUAUUAUUUUGCUGUAACUCUUAUUUUGACAACUCCUAGAGAAUUCAAAGACAGACAACAAACACUGUGCUCCCAGUAUACAUCUCAAAACAUGUGUCAUACACCAAAAGCUUUAGAGUUGGGAAAUUUUCAUACAAUGACUGAAUUUCUAUUAAGUUUUAAAACUGAUUUUCCACCUUAACUGCUUUCUGCCAAUUUGAAGUACAAUUGUAUAUGUAUAUAUUUGAAAAAUAAAUGAUUUGUGAUGUCUACUGGCCUCUUCUAUCUGAUGCAGCCAGAUUUUCAAUAUUUCCCUACAGAAUUACUUAGGACUUUGCUUGAAUUUUAUAAACAAGCCUAUCUCUUUCCAUUAAUUUCUAAUAUAAAAUGAGCAGAAUAUCCUCACUGAAAAACCUUAGUAUCAGCACAUAAAAAAUAUUAAGACUCAAAUAACAAAUAUACUGAAACAAACCCAAAAAUGGAUUCUUCAAGAAUAGGUUAAGUGAAUAAGGGGGCUGCUGACAUUUUAUUACUCACAUAUUUAUUAUUCCAAGAAGCAUGAGACCUGAAACUCAAAAGAAAGAGGAUGGAAAUGGUCUGGUUCCUUCCUAUGGAUUUGUAGCAACAAAGGUUCUUUUGCAGAUUGUUUGCUUUUUUUAACUUUUAUGUCAUAAAAAAAUCAAAGAAUCUGCCAGACUUGAGGAAAUGUGUUGUAAUCAAAUCAUCAAAGCACUCAGAAUGCACCAUCCCAAGGAUUAAAACAUUAAAAAAAAAAAAAAAAAAAA